AUGUCAACGGCUUCCAAAAUCAAUGGAGCAUGUAUCAUUUGCCGGAAACGAAAGGUCAAAUGUGACCUGACACAGGUCGGCCAACCCUGCACAAAUUGUCGGUCGGGCGAAUACGAUUGCGUACCGCACCGGAGAAAACGGAGGCGAUAUACCGUCACUGACUCCCCCGAGGACUCUGCCAAUGUCACGCAGCAAGGUCAGGGAGCGGACCACAACGAAUCUAUGGGCCCUCCACGCUCGUCUCUGCCUGUGGUCGCGGGCUCGGAGCAGAUUGCUAUCGUCGUCGAUGACUCUGAUCAGCGCACCUCCCCUGUUUUCGGAGACUCCUCGACCACCGAGUACAGCUACGUUGGCCGAAGCGAAUAUCUCGGCGGCCAAAUUCACUUUACGGAAGACCUGACUCGUCGUCCGUCUCGCUCUCGUCCCGAUGUUUCACCGUAUGACUCUGACCUCCAUUUUCUUCAGAUUCAGCAUGCGCUGGAGUUGCCCCCGCGGCCGGUAAGAGCAGCUUUGGUCUCUGCCUUUAUGGAGCGAUGCCAUCCAUGGACACCCAUCGUCGAGCGCAGGUGGGUCAAUGAGCCCAAUCAUCGCCACGACUCCUUGUUGCUUCAGCAGUCCGUCUUUCUAGCGGGCAGCAGAGUCCUCAAUAGUCCCUUGAUGUAUGCCUCAUCUCAGGAGUACUAUGCGAGAGCACGGACAUUGUUCUUUCAUGGCCAUCCUCGCAACACGUUGUUGUCGAUUGUCGCAACGUGCCUAUUACAGUGGUGGAAUCCUACAGGGCCGGAGACCAUUUCAACAGACACGAGCAGUUUUUGGACUCGGAUCGGUAUCGAGCUCGCUCACCAGAUGGGACUCCAUCUUGAGCCUAAAGACCAGCCUCACAAGGGCUUCAGAAGGAGGCUAUGGUGGACGCUUGUGACCCGCGAUAACAUAGUCUCCGUCGGUGUUGGGCGUCCGCGGACGAUAAACCUGGAUGAUUCGACUGUCAAAGCACCCUCGAUCAAUGACUUCCAGGUCGUCGACACCAAUGCGCACCUCUUUGUUGCCCACGUCAGCAUUUGUCGCCAAAUGGGCGACCUCGCUGAGGCGCACCGGAGACGACUUCUCACUGAUGUGCGAAGACAGUCAUUUGAGAACUCUUUGUUCUGCUGGAUCCAUCAACUUCCACCGAGCUUGAAAGUAUCUCACGAACAGCCGUUGAAAGUCUUGUCAGCUUAUAGCCUCGAAAAGUUUCAACUGUACAUCUGUUAUUUCGUGUCCUUGUUGAUUUUAUACAAGGGUACAAGGGUUAACACGCCCGAGUCCACGGCGGCACUGAUGGCAGCCUCUUUCGUCGCCGGGAUGUUGGAAGAAAUAAUGGCCAGGGAUGAGAUUCGCUACCUUAGUCCAAUCUUCCCAUUCUACGCGCUUGCUGCCGGUCUGACCGGGUUGACAGGCUACCGCUAUACCGAUUUACGUACGAAGACUGAAGAGGACUUUGCUGUCAUCAAGGCUGUCCUCGAACACCUAGGUCACCGAUGGCAAUCUGCUAACGGAGUGUCGUGUGCACUCUUGAGGGUGAGAGAGAUGGUCCAGGGACAGUCUACGCUUGACUACGCGCCGGUGCCGCUAACGCCCAACUUGUGCCGCUUUUUCGAGGCUUUCAGUCCAGACCUCUGUCGUUGUUGGCAUUUUCAGAGUACUCGGCCCACAGUGUCAUCUUCUGAUACCAAUCGAGAUUCGCAGGACAGUGUAAGGCUCCCACAUAUAAUUCUCCCACGGGAGGAGCCAGUGGUGACCCAAAACCAGACCUUAAUCUCAGACCAGGUUGACUUGCCGCGUCGCAUACACGAUGAGGAUCUACCUCUAUUCAAUGAUGCCGCUCUCGGAACCGAUGCCGCGUGGUUAUUCGAUGACGCAUUCUUCACUGAGAACUCGGUUCUGAGCUGA